AUGCGUCUCAUUUACAAAAUCUUAAAACCGUCUGGCUUGUCUGUACCGUACUCGCUCUCUCUUGCUUCUGUCACUAUCUUCAAAUCGUUCCGGCGAGGGAGAAGAGAGCCCAGGCUAGUCAGACUGUUUCUUGUUGUUGAGAUAUUUUCUUUCAAAAGAAAAAAAACGGCAAAAAGGGAAUUAUGGACUUAUUAGAAACCGGUUUGAAUAAUAGAAAACCAAGAAUAGAAAACAUUGAACUACUCCUUCUUUCAAGUAUCCUCUUUCAUCUUUCAAUUCAAUUAUUUCUAUACAGUUUCACUUUUUGAACCUUAUAUCCAUCACAAAAACGAGAAAGUUCUCAAAUUCGAAAAAAGGAAACGUCUACGUCUUCCGGGGACAAUGACACAAGCUGUUUGCAGUCACUGGAGGGCUUCUGUCGAUUUUGUGACAUUUUGCCCGUUUUGUCACGACGUCAUGCCAUGAGGUUCUUCAGUUCUUCAUUUUGCCUUCUUGUUUUCAACUUUAACGUUUUGCGAGCCCGCAGCCUAGGCCAGAAAAAAAGAAAGCAGAGCGCGCCUUUCCUAGAAGCAAGUUAGCUAAUCAAAGCUUAGUCAAACAAAUUAGCAAUAAAUUAGGGAAGAAUGAGCGUAAAUCAAUGUGAUUCACUCGUAAUCUCUUCAUAUUUUUCAUAUCUCUGCUUGAUGUCCCCUCUUCCUAGCAACCAUCCUUAUCAAGAUCCUGCAACUUCCCAAUGGGCCUUUUUUAUGCUUUUAACUGUUUUCAAGACAUGCUUCUCUUCCGCGUUUUCUGAAGUUCUGAUUUGGGGUCUGACAAAAUCAAAAGAGAUAUUUUUUGAGAAAAAAGCUUAUCUCGCGGUCUCAGAACCAGACGAAAUUGAAAAACUGGAAAUGCAUAUAUGUCGAUGGGCUUUUUUAAUGGAAGGAUUUCGGUCGAACGCAUCUCAUUUCUGCCUUUUCUGCUAAUUUCCGGCGCGUUGCCCCAUAAAUAGUCGGAUGAUCUGGAUUUCUAGAGCCUCUGACGUCCAUCCAAAUGACAAAUAGUCGAUUAUGAACGAUUCUUAUCUGGCUCGCAUUUUUCUACUUCAUAAAACCAAAAAAUUCUUAAAGUUAAAAUUUUCUGCUUUUUAUGGCCUCUUUUGCAGAUGAUAAAAGUUUGAUUCGAAUCCCGUUUCUCCAUUUUGAGUUUUUGACUUUUUUGCGUUGGUAUUCGCGGUCCAAAUUGCUUCCAGGAACUUGCGAAGUUCCGCCUUCUGCUCCUAUCAGCCUCCAUUAUUUAUAACUCCUUAAGUUUUUGAAAAGGUCAUUUGACAUUUAGCUUGUGUCGAAAUCACACUUUGUGAAAAAAAUUCCCCUCGAAACCAUAGAUUCAUUUUUUUUAUCGUUCCAACUGCCGAUUAUAAUUAUUUGAGUUCCUCAUCAUGUUUUCUUCUUCGAAAAUCGGACUUGAAUAGUUUCUGUGAAAGAAAGUUGGAAUUUGAGGCCGAUCCCAGCUCGCGUUGUAUGUAUGGGUUGCACGCCGUCGACCGCACGCGUCACUCAGACGGACGUGCUCGUCGACCGCUUCGCGCCGCCGCCACCCAUUCCAGUUGCGAUCGGCGCCGGCGUCCGUCAGCACCAUCACCCUCUCUCCAUCGUCUUCAUAUUCGGUCAGUCUCCUGAAAUUAGACGAGAAAAUUGAUUCAUGCACAAUUGUUUCUAGACGGGUUAGCAGACUUGAUAUUUGAAAGAAAAGUAAUCUAAAGGCGAUACGAAGUGAAAAUUUGUUGGGAAAACUUUCAAUUGUUGUGGUCAGCUUCAAAUCGCUGGAAAAUAUGAGAAAAGUACCAAAUCGAAAAACCUGUGGAGAUCUUCCCAAGAGUAAGCGGAAAGGAUUAGGCUCUUUGGAUUUUUGCUUUUCGCACACUGAAAUAGUAGGACGGGCAAUCAGUGGAUUAUGACGUGGUUUGAAAGAAAUCCGGCUCUCGGAACGACAAAUGUCUCUCAUGAGUGAGGGAGGUUCCAUUGACCCUUUUUGAGCGUCCAUAAAGAACCACUUUUUCGGUUAAAAAGUCUUUGUAGGAGGACCGGGCUCCCAAAAAGGCCUCGUGAUAGAAGAACUGACGGCUCGAUUCGACUUCAUUUCUAUUUCUGUGGAAGACAUUGUUUUCAACUACUUGCCGAGCAAGGUCUCCAAUGCUGUCGAGUCGAUUGGCGAGAUUCAGGACAUGUUGCGAGUAAGUCUAGCUUCAUACCGGCUGAGAAAACAUAACUGAAAAACACAAGCGUUUUGAAAUUAAAAAUAUUUUCUUUGAUGAAAAAUAAAUUCUUCGAAAAACAAAAAAAGUUUUUUUAGACGUUCAGUUUUUUUCGUUUUGAGUUUUUUUCAAAUUUUAAUACUAUAUCUUAUAAAAAGAUAAAUCUAGUCUGAAUAGUUAAUUAACCUCACUAAAAAAAUUCUUUUCGAAAGUUAUAUAAGUUCUUUUCAGCGCGACAGUGGGAUAUUGACAAUGGACUGGAUCAUGUCGAUGAUCAGCGCCAAGAUUUCAACGUCGAUGAACCAACGAUUCGUGAUAGGUAACUUUUUCAAGAUUAUCAAUUCUCACUGAGUUUUAAGACAUUGUGCCGACCCUGGCCACAAUUCUGCGCUCAGAGAGUUACAGGACAAAAACGCACGACCGCAGCAUGGAAAAUUUCGAAAGAAGGGUUUUUUCUUUCAUCCAAAACAUGGAGAAAACAAAUUUUUUUCAGCAUCCCAUAAUGUUCGCUUUGGAGUUGGCGGUCAGCGACGAAGUCGCCUUGUUGAGUGCCAAAAACGAAGGUUUGAUUUCAAGUUUUUCAUUCUUUUCUUCCCGGAAGUCAAUCUCAUCAGCGAUUUUUCCGAAAUCUAAUCAACGCUUACAUAGAACUUAUUAGGCUGAUGAUUAGUAAAAGAAAUAUUUUUGAACUUUAAAGUUUUAGUAGUUCUGUGAACAGAGAAUAGGAAUAUGAGAAAAAAAUCUUUUAAAAUCGGAAUUUCACUUUCUAUUCAUUCCUUCUACAUAUCUAUUCAUAGCCGGACGAGGUAGGAAAUUAAAAAAAGAAAACGGAAAGACACUCCGCAGUUUUUCGUCAUUGUUUGGAACACGAAAGUUUUAUUAUUAGCUAUAUUUUUUUGCUUUGAAUGAAAUUUUGAUUGUUGAAAAAUUUCUUUUGUGAUGUUUGGUGUGAUUAUCAAAGCGGAGUGAUCGAUGAUAGAAAAAAAUAAGAAAAAACUGAAAAUAGUCAAUUUUGUAUUUAAGGAAAGGAGAACGAAAGUGGUAAAGUGAGCACGGAGAUGAGCCAAAUCAUGAAGGGAAUCGACGAAAUCGACAAAGGCCGUCUUGAGGUUUUUUCUAGAUAAUUUUUGUAGACUCUUUUCUACUUUUAACAGAACACGUUUUUUUAAAAUAUAUAUUAGGGUUUAUCACAGGUUUCAAAGUUAACACGUUCUUCUGAUUUUGCACACUUUUUCGCUAAAAGUCUUGAAACUAAUAUCUAAAAAUUGAUUGAUCGUUUUGCGUCUUACUUUAAUGAAUAAAAUUUUUAAGAGCGUACUUAUUGAGCAAGAGAAACUUCCAUCCACAAGCUGUUAAUGAUUUUAAAAAAAAUUAACAGUUAAUUGGUAGAAGAAAUUUUUGAGUUAAUCGAAAAUUGUGAAAGACUAGAAUGUUGCAACCAGACUUGUGCGAGGGGUCACACUAUCGGCCCACUUUUCCACGAGAAAAAAAGUGAAGUUUUUUGCUCAUUUUUCACAUAGAUAAAGCUAUUAGAAACUAGGAUCCCACAAGAAAAAAUAAUUUUUCGGUAAAAAUCUUGUAUAUGAAAUUUAAGAUUUUUUUCGAGGCCCGGCUUGGCCUAAGCCCGCCCAAGCUUUUUCUCAAAAAUGUAAGCCCAAACCAAAACCCUGGACGUCCUAACGAAUUAGUGAGAAGUUUAGGUCGCAGUGUUCUAAUGGAAAACCAAAGAGCAGUCCUCGGAAAACAUUAGUGCGUUUUCUAAGUUCAUUAGGUCCAGAAAAUGUCCAUAAAUAGCUGGAGGCAGCCAUUUCCGGUCACCGGGAAGUGCUGGAAGCGUCCAAUGGGGCAUCCUUGCCUUCCCAUAAUCCGGAAGUGCUGACGCAGGCGAAACCUCAGCGGCGCCAUUUUGAGCUGUUUGAUUGGAGCCGUUUCGUUCCUUUCGAAACCUUGAAACUGGAAGAGGUGACAAGUCCGAAACUGUUCAAAUGUUUCCCAAUACCAGCAAAUUGUAAAGACCUGAAAUCACAGCUUCUUUUUGCGAUGCAAAGGAUUUUUUUGAUUUUUUUUACAGCAGUAAGCGAUAGCAAAAAAUUGAGAAAUAUACACGAAUUUUCUAUUUUUACUUCAUAAACCACAACUUCUACUACUUGAAAUUUUUUAAGUCGAGUUUUUCCGAUAGUUGCUUCCAGUUAUUGUUUUUGAUUCAUUAGAAGAAAUACUGACCUUUUUUUUCAAAAGUUUUUUUAUUGCAAAACUCCCCCUGGAACCUACAGGCAUAAAAGUGUUGAAUUUCCGUCUUAGAUUUCGGAAUGAGCUCUGAAAAAUUGAAAUAACUUGUUUGAUGAAAAAAUAGUUUCAGAGACGCCUGGACCAGUACCACCAAUGCUCGGAGUCGUUUCUCAAGUACUUCGCGAGGACGAAACGCGUCGUGAAACUGACGCUGUUCGGUCCCGUGUCGAACCUCGUGACGACGGUCAGAGACAUCUUGGUAGACUUCGGCUUCACCACCGUCCGCAAUAAUCAACAGAUCCUCGUUUUCUCGUCUGGUCAGUUGUUUUUUGUCCUGUUGAUUUCAUUUAUAAACAAGGAAUUUUCGUCGAUUAAAACCGAUUCGUUCGAAAUCCAUAAGCGUCUUGCAGAACAUGAUCAAGACCUUGAUCUGGAGUACUACAAGCUGCGAAAAGUGCAAAUGAGAGAAAUCUCAAAGUCCUCCAGUGACUCUCUGGUGAGUCUUCAAAACUGAAAUUUAAGACAAUUGAAGAGUAUUACCGAAAACAUAACAACGUAACUCGGACAUUCGAUCCACAGAAAAGAAGGGAAUCAAUUUACUGUUUGAGAAAAGAACAUUUUGUAGCAAGCUUUUUGGAAACUGUCGAUUCUUUUCAGGCGACGCAGGUUGCCACCCUUCAACGUUACGUCACAAGUCAUGCUCAGGGGACUAAUUUGCUCAUUAUAAUGGACAACGUCAAAGACGGCGAGAUCUCCGUCAGUUCAACUGUUCUCAUAUUGAAGUGCCUACUUGGUGAUUACAGAAGAGCAGAGGUAUUAACUUCAUGGAGAGGAAGCGGGAGGCCUACCUCGACGAGUUCAUCACCGACAAGAAGCACGAGAAACAGCCAAAGUCGAGGUUUCACUUUUCACUUUUCACAGAGAAACUCUAUACACUCAUCAUUUCUAGAAGUAGGGUAUCGGUAAAUUGCAUCUCAUCGACCAGUCAAGUAUUUCUGUUCAUCGAGCCGUUUCCCACCGAUCUUGCGCAAAAGAUCAGCCAGCACUAUAACAAAUUAGUGAGUGUCUUUUCGGAAAUUAUUGGAAAGCGCUGAAUUUCAGCGAGAUUCGCCGGCUGCGACUCGCGACAGCUGA